UCAUAACCCUGCGCGCUGGCGUAUAUAACAAGAGCUCCAGCUUAUUCGUAAAUACAACAGUGUUUGGAAGUGAAUAUCGAGCAAUAACAUGACUGAAUUGGCAAUUUAAGAAGAAACUUUAUUUUAUUCCUCCUCAUCAUGAAGCGCCUUUACCUGGUGGAGCCGGUAGUGGCUCUGUAUGCUUUUAGCAGUUUUCUCAUCUACCCGCUGGUCCAGCAGUAUGUGUACAGGAGGUUCUGGCAGCAGCUGACCAACACGCCCUAUCCCGUCUCAGACAACACCUCCAGAUGUGCUCCAAGUAACAGCAGCAGCAACCAGACCAACUUCCAUAAGGAGGUGCAGAACCAGACGUCUCUUUUCUCCCUUUACUCUGAGCUCCUCUCCACAAUCCCAUCUUUGAUCGUUACUCUUGUGCUGGUGGCCUAUAGCGACCGGGGCGGACGCAAGAUCACCAUCAUUAUGCCUCUUAUCGGCAUGCUGAUAUAUACCAGCACCUUCCUAGCUGUGUCCUUCUUUGAGCUCAACAUCUACCUUCUCAUCGGCUCUUCCUUCCUUAGCUCUCUGUUUGGGGGUAUCAGCACUUUCCUGGGAGGCUGUUUUGCCUACAUAGCGGACUUGUGCCAAGACGACCGGCAGAAGACGCUGCGAAUGGCUGGAGUGGAUAUGAUGAUUGGACUGUUGUCUGGAGUGGCUGCGAUAUCUACAGGUUACUUCCUGAGAGCUGCAGGCUUUAACUGGCCUUUCUUAACUUCAGCCCUGUGCCUGUGUUUGACACUAGUCUAUGCAGUUUUUAUCCUGGAGGAGACUGUGAGAAAGACUCCCGCUGAUGGCAGUGAUAUAGACGGGUCUCCCCAGUGCCCUAGGUUGAGACAGUUGAUCUUUGGGUUCUGCCAGAUCUUUGCAAGAGCAAGCUACAAGUGUAAAAUAGUCUUAGCCCUCCUGAUGAUCAUCUUCACCAGCUUCGUCUUCACCUACAUUGGAGGCAUCUCCUUGAUGACACUAUACGAGCUAAACGAGCCACUGUGCUGGACUGAGAUUCUGAUUGGCUAUGGCUCAGCACUGUCCACCACGGUGUUCUUGACCAGUUUCCUGGGAGUGUCGGCAUUCACAUACUGUGGAGUCCCGCAGCUGCUGAUCGCUGCAUUGGGGAUCCUGUCUGUGCUGUCAGGAAUGAUCAUGUUGGCGUUUGCAAAGACCACAGUUCUGAUGUUUUUAGUAAGGAUCCCCAUGCUGCUGUCCAUAAUGCCUUUCCCUGUUCUCCGCUCGGUAAUGUCAAAGAUCGUCUCCAAGUCUGAGCAAGGAGCCCUUUUUGCUUAUCUUUCCUUUCUGGAGAGUUUAUUUAACAACGUUGGAUCUGCAGUCUUCAAUAGUAUCUAUGCUGCCACGGUGGGGUGGUAUCCUGGUUUUGUCUUCCUCUUAGCUGCGGGACUCUGUGUCAUUCCUUUAUCUGUGAUUGCUGCAGUGGCUUUAAUCGGAGUGGAUGUUACCACUGAACCCAUAAAGUCAGAAGAUGGAACCUCUGAUGAGGAUGGCCAGGCUGAGGAGAACGACACCAGUCCUCUUCUAAGCUCUUCUUCUGUUAACACCUCAGCUGGACAUUGUUAACGUAUUUACCUUUUAAGUAUGUCAGUGACUUCAGUUUUCUGGGUUGAUACACCAGGAAAGUUUCAUUUUUUGUUGUUAAAUUAGUUUUGAUACAGUGCUUCUUCUUUCUGCAGGAACUUUGUUACUCAGCAUCAGUUUUAUUUAUUUUUUUUAAAUUCCAUUGAAUUAGAAAUGCCAUCUAUUGACAAAAAUAUGCUUAAGAAGGAGAAAGUGAGCUUUAUAUUCCCCAUAUAUUUCAGGGGAAUAUAUGUGCGCUGCGUCAUUUGAGAUGUAUGAAUGUUUUUACAACUUUUGAUUAAUUCAUAAUUAAUUGUUUAAUAAUUCCACCUUUUAAUUUACACCUUUUAACUGUUAGCUAUUUUCUUGGACAAUUUUCACCAAAGUUCUAAAGCUGCCUAAUUUUCAUACAGUUUGAAGUAACUGAUUUGAUCACAUUCGUUGACUUUUUACAAAUACCGUUUUUUUGGGGAAUAUAAGCCGCUACUUUUUUCCCACGCUUUGAACCAUGCAGCUUAUAGCCAGGUGCGUCUUUUCUGUGGAUUUUUCUUCAACCGCCACGGGGAUCUUCAGCAGGAAGUGAAUCAUUAGAAGUCAAAAUUGGAAAUCAAAGAAGAAAGCGCUGAUUUUCAUUUACACAAGCACAUUCUAGCAGCAAGCACGACGGAGAAAUGUUUUCAAACUCAUACCCCCUCAUCAUGGAAACCACACGAAGAAGUUCAUAUGAUGCUGCUUUUAAGUUGAAGGUAGUACAGAUCAAUUGCAGCUGCACGUAAGCUCGUCCUGAAUGAAUUUAUGGUUCGGCGUUGGAGACGCAGGGCUGCGUCCUUAAUAGCAGAUUUAUUAAGGAAAACCGAGAGCGGCGGAGACACCAGCGGCUUAUAGCUCGGUGCAGCUUAUAUAUGUAUGCUUCCAGUUUUAAAAAAAAAAAACAAACUUUGAGGGUUUGAGUGAGGUGCGCUCUAUAGUCCGGAAAAUACGGUACUUAGGACACAAACAAUUAUCUUGCCAAACAUCUUCCCUGUUAUCUAAUUCCAAAAUGCUUUGUUGCAGAAUGUAUUAAUUUGACAGUCUUGGGUUAAAAUGGUGUUAUUCAUUGUUUUAUUUAAACCAGAAAAGGGACAGACAGUGUAGUUUGACUGAUUUUUUGCUGUGUUUUUAAUUUCAUAUUGUGUAAAUGGACUGUACUUGUGUAGCACUUUAUGUAGUCCAGUCCAGUGGACUCCAAAGCGCUUUUUAUUACAAGCUACAACUGCCCUGGAACAAUCUGACCGAAGCUGCCAUUCAAUCUGCACCACCACCUCUGACUACCACAAGCAGGCAAGGCAGGUGAAGUGUCUUUCUCAAGGACAAAGUGAGUAAUAGAGUGGGGUUCAAACCUUUAUCCCUGAGCUACUGUCGCCCUAUGUGAAACAUGUAAAAGUAUGUUUCUUUUCAAAAGUAUUUGCACAAUUUGUAACUUUAUGUGUUCCUUUGUCUUUUUGUUGUUUUGUUAUGUGUAAAAUUAUGAAAAAUAUAAAAGUAAAUAAUAUUUAAAAAAUGACACUAGGGAAGACAGAAUUAAAAGGGAAACCAGCCCUUGAAUUUUUAACACAUGUAUUUGUGUUGAUAAACUAGUAUGUAUUGGGAAGUGAAAAAUUUAAUGAGGCAGAGAAUGCUUUUUAUGUUUUUCUAAAGACAACUUGCUCGUUAGGUGAGCACUUUACAUCUUAAUUAGCGGUGACAAAGAACACCACUAAUUAAGAUCCACUAACUGGCAAUAGUGAAGUUUGUUUUUUUCCCCCCUGGGAGACAGUGACUUGAAAUGGAAAACUGUUACUAGGGAGCUAAAAUGUAGGUCAGUUCAGAAAUAAAUACACCUUGUGUGGAAGUUAUAAGCCAUAUUAGUAUUGUGUGCUUUGUAAUCUUUUCAACAUGUAAUAAAUCUGUAGAAAUAAGGUUAAGCUUACAGAGACAAAUCCAGGUUCACAAGAAGAGAAUCAAUGCCACAGGACUGAACCUUUGAUUUUAAAUAUUACCAAAAGGUAGACAUUCUAAUGCAGCUUUUUGUGGAUCAAAGUUUUAUAGAUAAAAUUGAUUUUUUUUUUGUAUCAAAAUACACUUUAUACUAGUUGAGGUGUCUUAAUAAAAUGAGCAUACAAAAAAGUUGUCUGUCUCUUUAAAAAUGUCCAGAAGAACCAAUCAGAGCUAAACUACUUUUGUGUUUAUCAGUUUUUCUCUUUUUGGUAGGACCUCAGCUGUGGCCAGACACAUUUGAAGUUGAGUCUGUUCAACAACAAAGUGCUGUUUAAAGAAGCUUUUCUUACAAGCUUUCUUGAAAGCUUACAAGAUACUGACAAUAAGCAACUUUCUUAAAAGUUUACAAAAAAGCUGCUUGAAAGAAAAACA